AUGAUGCGGAAGAGUAGCAAUGCCUGGAAUAUCGCUCCGCAGGGAAGCUUCCUAGUCAUCCUCUCCGUGCUUCCCUGGUUGUACGUCGCUUUUGACUUCAUCGGAAACUGCCGCCAUGGCCCAUCCGCGGAGCAAGAGAUGUACCUAUCCCGGUUGCAGCCCAUCACUCCCUUCCAACAAAUCCUCGACAAUGUCACAUCCGAUAAACGCGCGAGCCACUACGGCGCGUUCUACAGCCUGUAUCUCGACCCCUUACGCCGACCGCAACUAACCCGUGGUGACGAUCGGAUCCCAAUCUGGGAAAACCAGGAGGUUAACUUGCUGACAGUCGGUCGUGCGUACGGCGACUCGCUGCAGCUGUGGAAGCGGGCAUUCCCGAGGGGUGUUAUCUACGGCAUUGCAAAUGACACCACCUCCUCCUUGAUGCUCCAGGCAGCGGCGAGGGACCCGCGGGUGCGGCUGAUGGUGGGCGACCAGGCGAAUGGGAAUUUCUUGCAGAAAGCGGUUUUUGAUAUUAAGAAUGAGGUGGGCCUUCUUGACUUCAUAGUGGACGAUGGUAGUCACACCAUCGAUCAGCAACAGACAUCCCUCAAACACCUCCUUCCGCUUGUCAAGGCCGGCUUCAUCUCGUUCGAAGCGAUCGUCAACCAAGGCACGUCCGAUAAGCGCACGCAUCACUACGGCGCCUUCUACAGCCUCUAUCUCGACCCGCUCCGCCUGCCGCUGCAGCCCGAAACCCCCGCCAACUGCCAGCAGCCCCAGCCAGGCGAAGAUGACCACUCUCAGUACACACAGAACACGCAAGACUCGCAGGAGCAGCAGCCGUGGGAGCCGCGCGCGGUGAACAUGCUGGAGAUCGGGCUCAAAUACGGCGACUCGCUCAAGCUGUGGAAGCGGGCGUUCCCGAGGGGCAGGAUAUAUGGCAUUGACAAUGAGAUGAUCUCCAAGAUCGGGCUCAAAUACGGCGACUCGCUCAAGCUGUGGAAGCGGGCGUGCAGGGUCUACGGGAUUGACAACGAGAUGAUUUCCAAGGUGAACAUGCUGGAGAUCGGGCUCAAAUACGGCGACUCGCCAAAGCUGUUGAAGAGAGCGUUUACGAGAGGCAGGAUGUGCGGGAUCGACCAUGAAAUGAUGGUGUCUCUUCCCUCUCUCUUGACCAUGUUUAUCCCACACCACCCAUCCCUCACCUGUCCAUGUCUGUCCCAAACCCAUCCCCUGUUCUCUUCGCUUCGCCGCUCGUCUCCGCAGAAGCACCAGGCGGAGGCGAGGGACCCGCGGGUGCGGCUGAUGGUGGGCGACCAGGCGAAUGGGACGUUCCUGGAGCAAGUGGUGGCCGAGAUAAAGAGUGCGGUGAGGAGUGGUGGCUGA